AAGGUUAUUGACGGAUAAGAAAAACGGGAAAUAAAAAAAAUAAAAAAUCUAUGAGCACUCUCUGAGCAUUGUAAACAUCGGAAAUAUAGGUUGUAAAGAGGUACAGGACUCGCAGGAGCCGCUUGUAUUGCAUCCAUGGCGACGCUUCGGGCGACUUUGGUGCACAGGACUUUGACUGCUUGUGCUGCUUCCAACACCCUUCUCAGCCCUCCCUCUUCAUCCACCAAGACUCUCACUCUCGGCCUAAGGAAAUCCUUAGCUCUGGGAACUUCAUCGAGUCCACUUUGCACGCCAUUCCCCUCGCUUACCACUUCUACUAAGAGAACAAUACGGCGUAUGAGCACAACUCGAGCCCAGUUGCAGGAUGUGGCAUUACAGUCCACAGUGACAACAAAAUGUUUUUUUGACAUUACAAUCGGAGGUGAACCUGCUGGGAGGAUUGUGCUGGGGUUGUUUGGUGAUGAUGUUCCACAAACAGUGGAAAAUUUCCGUGCAUUAUGUACAGGAGAGAAAGGCUUUGGUUUCAAAGGAUCUGCUUUUCACCGGAUUAUACAAAAUUUUAUGAUACAGGGUGGAGAUUUUGACAGGGGCGAUGGAACUGGCGGAAAGAGUAUUUAUGGCCGGAACUUUAAUGAUGAGAAUUUCAAAUUAACUCAUGUUGGACCUGGUGUUCUAAGUAUGGCCAAUGCUGGUCCAAACACAAAUGGAAGCCAGUUCUUUCUCUGUACCGUCAAGACACCAUGGUUGGACAAAAAACAUGUUGUCUUUGGUCAUGUUAUUGAGGGCAUGGAUGUUGUCAAAAAGCUGGAAAGUCAACAAACAGACCGAGCAGAUCGACCAAAAAAGCCCUGUGUGAUUGCUGACUGUGGUGAAUUGCCUUGAAGUUUUCAGUUCUUGUCUUGAGCAAGCAACAGGAAUGUUUAACUUGAGAAUGCUUUUAAAAGAACUGUGCAUUCUCAAUCAGUCAGAGACAAUGCUAAUUGAAUUAAACUCCCUUAAAGUUGUCAGUUCAUGUCUUCAUCAACCAACGGGAAGAUUGAGAAUACUUGCAAGAGAAGCAUGCAUUAUGCAUUCUUUAUUAGUGAACUCCAAAACUGAACAACGUGAUUUCCUUUGACAUUGCCAAUUUGGCAUCAUCAGCUGUGCUAAUGAUUAUUUGAAGCCAAAUUCUGAUUUAUUUAUUACUAUUUAGUUUCAUUAGAGUUGAUUAA